UUUCUUUCUCUCUCUGUAUUAGGGUUUUAUUGCUCUUCUUUCCGUCAAAGAUCUUGGUAGUGUUUUCCGAGGAUCUCCCUGAUGAUCUCGAAUCGCACGUGGAAUUCGAAAUCUUCAAUAAUUACUUUUUUUUUUGUGUCGAGGGAACGGUGUCGUUCUUAUCAUCAUCUAUAAGCUGUUUUCUUUUCCUGUCCUUUUUCUUUUAAUGGUUUUUGGAUAUGAUAGACCGGUGCGUAUCUUUCUGACGUUUUUCUUUGUUCCGAUUCCUUUGCUGUGGUAUGUGUUGGAUUCUGGAUGAGGAUGUAUCUGGCUCGAUUCUUUUUCCCCCCAUUUGGACCAAUAUGCUUAUGCUUUUAUAUUGUGUCUUCUGAUCAUCUUUAGAUUUUAUUUUUUCUGCUUUAAAUAUUUUUGUAGGUUCAUUUGGACCAAUAUGUUUAUGUUUUUGUAUUGUGUCUUCGGAUCAUCUUUAUAUUUUAUUUUUCCUGCUUUAAAUAUUGUUGGACUUUUCCGGUUGUUGUAGGUUCACAUGAUCAUGCCUUAGAAGAAAUGGAUUCUGCAGCUAAAUUAUGUUUCUGGAGUGAAAAUGCAUGCUGAAAAAAAUAAACGUUUAUUAUUUUACUAAAUGUUCUGGUAGUAAUUGUUAUAUUAUUCUGAUAAAUAUUUCUUAGCUUCUGAGCUGAUUUAGCUCCUCUGACUUUUGCAUCUAAUAUUUCCUUUUAGAACAUGAUCCUUCACAUUUUUCCAUUUUAUUUAGGAGAUAUUGAAUGGUAAUUUAAAUAUGUCGAAAUUACUAGUCAUCCCGACAGUAUGUUAUCGAAUUAGGAAGAAAAUUUUAACAUAUAUGAGGUGCAAACAAAUUAUAGAUAAAUAGUUUUCGCUAAAACUAAUUUGAAUGGUUGGAUCGGGUUUUCUUCUUAAAAGAAAUUGUGUGCCGAUUUAUAUCGUAGUUUAAAUUUUCUGAUAUUUAAUUAAUAUUUGGUAUCAAAAAGUAUAUAAAUUUCAAUCUGACUGGAUUGAUUAAUGAUAUUUGGCAGCUGUGAGUUUUUUAAUAAAAUUUAUAACUUGUGGUGGGGCAGUUUUUGCAAUGUUUAGACUGGUGCUGAUGUGCUGUGUACCUCGUAUAUGAGAGAGGGAAAAGAAAGGAGGUAGAUGUGUCAGUCCAUUAAAAAUAAAAAAAUGCCGUAAAGAGGUAUUAUUAGCUUCUUCUUUUUUUGUUCUGUGUGGGGUAUAAGUUCUGCAAAUAUAAUCAGUUACGUAUGUAAGCUCAGAAGAUACUUGGUUGAUCAUAUGUAGCUAUGUAGCCUUAUGCAUAUUUGGUUGAUUAUGCCACUUUGGAUGUAGACAUCUUGAUGGCUCUCUUUGUUUUCGCAAUCUAUAUUAGUAUUUUAACUUUGCCAUAAAUUGGAUAUUUCCAAUUACUGUGACUAUAACAUUUACAUAGGUAUCUCACGUCUUUCAUUAAGUCAAAAGGAUAUUCUCUUCCUUCUUGUUUUUUUACAUAGUCCUAUUGUAAAAUCAAAUGCCUUAUUGCAUCACCAUUAUCAUUAUUUGUUUGCUUAAUAUAUAUGUUUUUUGAGAAUUGCAGGAAGUAAUCUUCCUAAAUAGUAUAAAGUAUGAAUACUUUCUCUCUAGAAGCAACGACAGCCAUUAAAUUUAAUUGAGGCAUCUGGACCAUUACUAACCAUAUUCAUUAGAUUCUAUAAAUGGCCCACCUGCAUAUCGUGUGGCAAAGUAACUCCAGAAGUCAACUUUCCUACCAAUUUUGAAGAGAAUCCAAAUCCCAUGUAGAAAUCAACUUGUUUCUUGCUUUUUGAUAGAAUGCAUGCUCCGAGACUUAGUAACCAAUAAAGAUCCAAACCUGACUCCAUCUUUAUGUCUUCAUCUCAUCUCAUCUCAUCUCUGAGACAUGAUUGUUGAUAGUAAUUCCCUUCAUCCAUAUCUGUCAUUUAUUUCCUUUUUCAACACUCCGUCAUCCCUGUUAUUUUCCUCAAUGUGUUCUAAGAGUCUCCAUCACGCUCUAAUAUUGGCAACCAUGGCCCUGCUAUCUACCUGAAUCCUGUGCUCUGAUUUGAUUCUUAAAUGAGAACUCGACAAUGAUGUUUGUUGAAAAGGAGUCUCAUUUAAUCAUCGAUGGAGGUACUCUAAGAAUACGUUCAAGGAAAGAAUAGGUACAAGAAGAAGUUCAAGGAAUUUGGAGCUAGUUAAAGUGAUGGUGUUAUUUAAAGAAUAUGAAGCUAGUGAAUUAUUAUAUUUGCACUUUUUUCCCUUUGUUUUGGUGUUGUAUUUUCAUUUAGAAGUGCCAUGACAAGUUUUCGUAUAACUAUACUUAAGAUUCCGAUAAGAUCUCGAUAUGUAUGGUUUUGCUAUCGUUACAUUCAUCUUUUAAAAGUAUUUGAUUAAAAAAAGCAGUCUAUAAAGUUCUAUUUCAGGGCGAUUUUAGAAAGAUGAUUAGAUGACUCUCGGGCAGAUGGCAGUGCGGGGGAAUUUGGCGUACAGGCUGUACCGGGUGGUGACCCUCGUGGCGGCCCCAUUGAUAUACUUGCACCUCCACUGGCGGCGGCUGCGGGGCUUGGAGCAUCCCACUCGAUGGCCGGAGCGCUUCGGCCGCCCUUCCUCACCCCGCCCCCCCGGCCCUCUCCUUUGGUUUCACGCUGUAUCCUUGGGUGAAGGAUUGGCUGCGAUCCCUGUGAUCAAGCAUUGCGUUGGGCGGCACCCCGAUUUCGUUGUCUUAAUGACAACCACAACAACUUCAGCCUUUGAGGUCAUCAAGGACCAGCUACCAAAUGUUGUCAUCUAUCAGCUAGCUCCUCUUGACUCUCCUUUGGCGGUGGAUGCCUUUCUUGCAUAUUGGAAACCAGUAGCAGUCCUAUUAAUGGAAAGUGAACUCUGGCCCAACCUCAUUAUUUCUGCCACAGAGAAAGGAAUCACUGUAGCAUUAUUAAAUGCUCGGAUGUCAUCCAGAUCUUUUAAGCGUUGGUCAGGACCAAUAGCCCUGCCAUUGAUCUCAUUCAUGCUGUCAAAACUAUCUUUGAUUGUCCCAUUGAGCACAGUUGAGGCUAUCCGUUUCCAAUUGCUACAUGCAUCACCAUCUACCAUCAAUUUUGCAGGUGAUUUGAAAUAUGCUGUAGGAGAUUUUGAUAUCCUUGAGAAGGAGGGUAUGAAGAUCAAAGAUCUUCAGCUACAGCUCGCUGAAAGGCCAACUUGGAUGGCAGCAUCUUUACAUAAGGGUGAAGAAGAAGUCAUGCUUUGGGUUCACCUGGAACUAAUCAAGUCGUACCCUGACUUGAUAUUGAUACUUGUGACAAGGCAUCCACAACAUGGACAGCAGAUUGCCCUAGCAUUAAAGAGUCAGGGGCUGAAUGUUGCAUUGAGGUCCCGAAAUGAAAUAAUUUCAUCUUGCACAAACAUCUACGUAGUGGACACAUUAGGUGAACUAAGAAUGCUCUAUAGGGUUACCCCAAUAGCUGUGAUUGGAGGUUCCUUUUUACCUGGUUUAGCUGGACACAAUCUUUCUGAAGCUGCUGCAGCUGGUUGUGCUGUAUUGACAGGUCCUUAUGUUGGACAUUUCUCCAAUAUGUUAGUGGAAAUGCUACAAUCAGAUCGUUUGUCAAUUAUGCAGGUGGGAGGAAAUAUUGAAUUAGUAGAAGCACUCAAACAGCUGCUCGGUGAGGUCAAAGUUUUAAAAGCACGACAAGAGGCUGCAAGACGAGCAUUUUCAGCUGUUUCGAAUGGGGUUGUGCACCGAGUGUGGAAUCUUGUUAGUAACUUUGUUCUCGAAAUAGCCCACCGAAAACUAGAUGGAGGAUGAUCUUGGCCCAAAUCUGAAAGUGACUCCUGACAUGAGGACUCUGAUUCAUCUUAUUUGAAGGCUAUUCUCUCUGAUCUAUCUACAAUUCUGUAGCGUCGGAAUCCGAUAUACAGAUGUAGCAAAGUACUUAUAUAUAUUUGCCUGUCAAUUGGUGCUGACAACCAGCUCCUUCAGCCUACCAUUUUGUGCACGCCAUUUUACCCAGUUUUGAUUUCUUUGCUGCCGUCCAUGUACAAUAGUGAGAACUCUUUUCUUAUCUUCUCUUCGUACUGUUUAUGUUAUGUCCGGCGGUGGUUGUAAGAGGGGGUGCACGCGCAUGUGUUAAUAUGUGCACAUGUUCAUGGGUGGAUGUGGAUGCUAGUAUGCUACUACACAUGGUGGAAAAAGGAUACUAGUGCCAUAUUCCGAAAAAAUCAGAAACCUACGUUGGCAUGAUCCACACCAUUCAUCACAAGUCAAGACAUCAAUGAACAAGUCUUUUUAUGUGCAACAGUAAGAACUCUUUUUCCUA